CUUUCUCUCUCCCUCACCACUCCUCCAUCUCUUUCCCUCCUUUUUCUCUCUCUACCUUCAUUUCCUCUGUUUUUUUUAGUUUUUUUUCUUUCUUCCUUCCACCAUUACUUUUUCCCACCAUUUCCAUUAAAAAAAAAAAAACAAAAAAAAACCUGCAUAUCUUUUUUCUGCUUCUUCUGAUUAAAAACAAAACCAAAAAAAAAAAAAUCCCAGAAAAAAGUGUUUGUUUUUGCAAAAAAAGAAAAAAAAAAAAAGUAAAUGGGGUUACUUGCGUGUAUGUAAAUAUGUUUGAGCAAAGUGUUUUCUGACAUUCCACCGCUGCUUCAAUUGUUUUGGCGUCCCUCAUAAGCAAAACUACAAGAAAAAUAUUCGUCCACUUUUCGCCAACAAGAGAGAGAAAGUGCGCCUCUAUAUACAUACAUAUAUAUGUAUAUAUAGAUCCUCAUUCCUCAGAGAAACCCUCCCCUGUUUUCCUCUGUUUUCCUCUGUUUUUUUUUUCUAGGUAAGAAAAAACAGAGGACGAGUUAACUCAGAAAAUGGACCAGUUUUCAUCGACAGCCGUAUUGCCCGAACCCUUUUCGGGUGCAAGAGAUGAUAUUACGGAGCAAUUCAUGAUCAUUUGGGGUCAGAUCAAGGCGCCGUUAAUCGUACCUUUGCUCAACAUUGCCGUGUUUCUGUGCCUAACGAUGUCGGCUAUGUUGUUUAUCGAGAGGGUUUACAUGGCGGUCGUCAUUAGUCUGAUUAAGCUCUUCGGUCGAAAGCCGGAUAAACGCUACAAAUGGGAGCCGUUGAAGGACGAUUUGGAGCUCGGGAACUCUUCUUACCCUAUGGUUCUUGUUCAAAUCCCAAUGUACAAUGAAAAAGAGGUGUAUCAGCUAUCGAUCGGAGCUGCAUGCGGGCUGUCGUGGCCGUCGGAUCGAAUCAUAGUUCAGGUUCUUGAUGACUCAACUGAUCCCAUUAUCAAGAAUAUGGUGGAAAUAGAGUGUCAAAGAUGGGCAAGCAAAGGGAUUAAUAUUAAGUACGAAAUUAGGGACAACCGAAAUGGCUACAAAGCAGGUGCACUGAAACAGGGCUUAAAACACUCUUACGUAAAGCAAUGCGAUUUUGUCGCAAUUUUCGACGCGGAUUUUCAGCCAGAGCCUGAUUUUCUGUGGAAAACAAUUCCGUUUCUAGUGCAUAAUCCCGAACUAGCCUUGGUUCAGGCGCGUUGGAAAUUCGUUAAUGCAGAUGAAUGUUUGAUGACAAGGAUGCAAGAAAUGUCACUUGACUAUCAUUUUACAGUGGAGCAAGAAGUGGGCUCAUCCACUUAUGCUUUCUUUGGCUUCAAUGGAACUGCUGGUGUGUGGAGAAUUGCGGCAAUUGACGAGGCCGGUGGAUGGAAGGAUCGAACGACGGUUGAGGAUAUGGACUUAGCGGUACGCGCUAGUCUCAAAGGAUGGAAAUUCUUGUAUCUUGGUUCACUUCAGGUAAAAAACGAAUUGCCAAGCACAUUCAAGGCUUACCGGUAUCAACAACAUCGUUGGUCGUGCGGGCCCGCUAAUUUGUUUAGAAAAAUGGUUGUGGAGAUCAUAAGAAACAAGAAAGUAACAUUGUGGAAGAAGGUUCAUGUGAUAUACAGUUUCUUCUUCAUAAGGAAGAUUGUAGCGCACAUAGUCACGUUCGUGUUUUACUGCGUCGUACUCCCGGCUACCGUGUUGGUGCCCGAAGUUUAUAUCCCUAAAUGGGGCGCCAUUUACAUUCCUUCGAUUAUCACCAUCCUCAAUGCUGUUGGAACUCCAAGAUCACUCCACUUGCUAGUAUUUUGGAUACUAUUCGAAAACGUAAUGUCGUUGCACCGGACAAAAGCUACCUUCAUCGGCUUGUUGGAGGCGGGGAGAGUCAACGAGUGGAUUGUGACGGAGAAACUCGGAGAUGCUUUCAAAUUGAAAUCGGCACUCAAAGCUUUUAAGAAACCUCGUUUCAAAAUCGGCGAAAGGGUUCAUUUCCUGGAGGUAGCGACGGGGGCAUACUUGUUCUUCUGUGGUUGUUACGACGUCGUUUUUGGCAAAAACCACUACUACAUAUGCUUAUACGUGCAGGCGAUAGCGUUCUUCAUUAUGGGAUUCAGUUACAUUGGCACUUUUGUCCCCUCUUAGCUCUAGCAUUAGUACAAUGAAAACUUGUCAUAUUUACUUUUGAUUUUAUGUGUUUUAUUUUAUUAUUACAAUAUUAUAUGUCGAGGCGAAGCGGCGUUCUUCGGCUUAUUAGAAGUUCUUGCUCCAAUAAUUCCCCCUUUUUUUUUUCUUUCCUUCUUUUUGCUCUAUAUAUGUAGUGUCAUUUUUACAGUUGAUUUGUUUACUUGUAGAAAUUAAAAGAGAGUGUAUUCUUUUAGGUUAAGUAUAAGAGUUCGAGCAAUCAGACUUGAAUGGAAUUUGUUUGAUUUUUCUUGUG